AUGCCAAACUCAUUACUUGAUAUUAUAAAGAGCUGUAGCUCAAAUUCACAACAAGCUGGUAGUCAACCAACAUCACGUGAAAUCAACAUUCCUGGCCUUUGUUCAGAAGCGUUAGCAGCAUGGGGUGUAGAACAUCCAGCGGAUUUAAGUUAUCGUGUUGAGUUAGCUCGACGUAUUGCAUUAGCAUUUGAUGAUAGCGACCAAAUCAUCAUUCUCGACGAUGUAGCGCUCGUUGUACCCGAAUCCGAACGAGCUGUUUUUCUUGGUAUGCGUGGUUGUGAUCGAUCAUUGUUACCUGCACUUUGGUUAUCCACUGGUUUUCGACGAGGCGGCCGACUUAUUGUCUAUUCACCACCGAAUUCAGUCGAAUUGGCAAAUUAUUUCGCAUUGAAGAAAAAUAUUGAAGGACGUUUACAACGUUCGAUUCAAAUUCAAAUAUUCUACGAAGACUCCGGCGGACAACUUUUUGAACUUUUAAGUAUUUUCGAAACGAACCCGAGUAAAUACACGGAAAUUUGCGAACGAUUUGCCCAACGAUCACCUGCAGAUUUCCAUCCGGAAUAUCAUAUACGAAUGUUCAAACGACAUAUCGACGAAAUUCUUGGCGAUGCUAGUCGAUCGUUUUUAUUUCCAUACGAAAUGACAGAAUUUCAUCAACAAGAACUUCAACCUUACUCCGAUCGACUAAAAUUACCUGAUUUACCUACAAAUGAUAAAGCGAAGCAUAAUUUUUUCUUACGUUCGCAAGCAUUUACUGCCCUACCGAAACUACUAGCUGUCUCGCCCGAUGGAACUAUUAUUGACAAUUACCAACAGUACAUAGAAACAUUAGAACAUCUCGAUCCUAUCCACACAGAAAACACUCCACAAAACAUUCAGGUUUUCUCACAAGCUGUUAUUCGAGCUAUCGACCAGUUGAAUGACAAGUAUAGCAUUUCCGCAUUCGUCAAACUGGACGCUAGUGGCGCAGCUGGCUGGUCUUGUAUGAGUCCAAGUGAACACGCUUUGAUCUAUAAUUGCGGCGAAGAUGAAACGAAACGCACUGAUUAUUUACGUGAAUAUAUCGAGAACAGAGUUUUAGGCGAACGAUUACCAGUUCUGGCCGUUAUCGAGGAAUUUAUCGAACCACAAAAACGAUCUGGUGAUAUUGAUGCUGAUUAUACCGUUUGCGGAUUUGUCCUAGGUGGUAAACUUUUCCCUACAUCAAUAAAUCUAUGCGGAACAGAAAAUGGAUGUUAUAUUGAACAAUGGACAUCAUGCUCGCCAGCUGAUUUGAGCGACUCGUCUAUAUACUGGCAACGAAUGUUUCAAACUUAUUCGACGAUGGUUGCUUUCGAAGCAUCUGAGUUCGGAUAUACCAAUGGUAUCUAUGCCGGCGACUUAUUUGUCACUAAAGAUGGUCGUCAUAAACAACGUGACUGGAAUAUUCGACGUGGUGGACGAUCCUCGCCGGAGUCUUUAGUUAUUUUCGGUAUACCAAAUUAUGAAACCAAAGUCACAUUGUCCAUGUUUGAUUUUGGUUUGAAUGGAAAGUUGAAUAACACGGAAUUAUUUCAUUUAUACACGGAUAUUUGUCAAUAUUUAUCGAAUACCUACGGCAUCUACAUAUUUUCGAGUGGACUAGGAUAUUGUAGUAAAGAUGAUCAAGAAAAUGAUUACCUCAAGUUUAACAUACUUAUUCAUCCAAAAUUGUUGACGCACAUAGAUCAAAAUGGGCAGAAACAGAAGCUACCAAGAAGUGAACAUCGAAACAAAGUGACUGAAAUGAUUCGAGAUGCGACCACACAUAUUUUGAAAAAGAAAUCUCUCAUCUAA